AUGUGGUGGACAGUAAUGGCAGUUAAUGGAGAGUUGAAAUUAGACCAUUUAAAAAAUUUAAAUUAUACAAGUUGCGUCGUAGGAGUACAUUCAUUUGCUGCUAUUGUUCUAUUUUCGAUUGAAACACAACAGACUAUUGGCUAUGGUACUCGUUCAGUAAACGAAGAUUGUCAUUUUGGCGUACUUUUACUUAUGGUACAAUCGAGCGUUGGUGUAAUGAUACAAAGUUUUGUGGUUGGUCUUGUGUUUGUAAAAAUAUCUCGCCCAAGACUGCGUGCUGAAACGUUAAUGUGGUCACAUCAAGCUGUUGUAUGUCUAAGAGAUGGUUUAUACACAUUUCAAUGUCGAGUAGGUGAUAUGAGAAAAUCGUUUCUUGUUGAAGCACAUGUUCGAAUGUAUAUGAUCAAAAAACGUGUAACAAAAGAAGGUGAAGAAAUUCCUCUAAAUACUUAUGAUAUGAAUGUUGGAUAUGAUAGUGGUACGGAUCGUGUAUUUUUAAUUCAACCGUUGAUUAUCCAACAUAUUAUUAACGAACAAUCACCACUUUGGAAUAUUAGCAAAGAUGAUUUGGCGAAAGAACGUUUUGAAAUUGUUGUAUUGCUAGAAGGAGUGGUCGAAGCAACUGGAAUGACAACUCAUGCACGGGUUUCCUAUUUACCAUUGGAAGUUAUUUGGGGUUUUAGAUUUGAUCGUCUAAUAGCAUUUGAAAAAAAUUUCGGACAAUAUCGAGUGGAUUAUACAAAAUUUAAUCACAUAUAUCCAGUUGAAAUGCCUAGUUUUAGUGCAAAAGAGAUGAACAAAGAAAAAAACAACGAAACUAAAGUGACGACUAAAGACAACAAAUCUAAAGUCAAUCUUUUCUAA